AUGAGCAUUCAAACUUCACUUCUAUUUACAUGUCGAGAUUUGAUUCCAUCUUGGACCCACUUACAAACUAUUCAAGUAGAUAUCUUCCAUUUUCAGUUUACCAAAAGAGCAAUUUUCCCUGGGGAUUCGGAGAUAGACCAACUAUAUAAGAUUUUCAAAAUAUUGGGUACACCUUCUGAAGCAUAUGUUGGUGUACAAUCCAUCUAAAAGGAAGACGGCAAAAGAGCUGCUGAAGAUGAACUAUUUGAAAGGUGCUAAAUUAACGGCGCCUGAUAUGAAUGCCUUUCCGCCAGAACAAGAGGCAGACACAGAGUAGGAAGCAGAUUGUUUUUAAGAUUUUGUUUUAAAUUGAUUUAUUCUAAUUUUAUGUGUUAAGUGUUGAAGUGUAAUAUAAUUUUACCAUCACUA